AUGGUAUACCCUAGCAAAGUGGAGGAGGUGAUGGAUUGGAAACGAUCUACCACUAUACAAGAGAUUAGGAGUUUCUUGGGAUUAGCCGGUUAUUAUCGUAGAUUCGUGGGGAGAUUUUCUAAGUUAUUAAGCCAUCUCACGACAUUGACCAAGAAGGAUGUUAAGCUUGUCUGGAUUGAGCGGUGUGAGCGAAGCUUUGAGGAACUGAAUAAACUAUCAACUACCACCCCUGUUUUGGCACUACAAGAACCUGACAAGCCAUUCAUAGUAUUAAGUGACACAUCGAAGUAUAGUUUAGGAUGUGCUCUGAUGCAGGAAGGUAAGGUGACUGCCUAUGAUUCUAGGGCCAACUCAGUCAUUGAUGCCUUAAGGUGUAAGCCAAGGACCAAGGAAAAACGAGGGGCUUCAGAGGUGGAUUUGCUGUUAGAAGAUAUGAGGUUCCUAUUUGUCAAAGACAAAUCACUAGAGGAAAUCCAAAACAAGGUUCUUGCCACUCUACAAUGGCUGAGGAUAAGCGAAAUUGAGGAAUUGCGAGCGCAACAAGAGGAGGAUGAGAAGUUAUCAAAGAUUAGGCAAAAGAUUGGCAAAGACGAAUAA